AUGAUUGAACAUAGUGCAAAUAGUACAAAUAAAUUGAUUACUGGUAAUUAUAAUCAUAAAAAAAGUUUUUCUGAUGAUCAAUCAUUCGAUGAUGAACAAACAUCAGCAAAAAUAGAGAAAGAAAAUUUUCAAAAAUUAAAAGAGUCAGAAUCUUCACCACCACAGAGUCCUACUGAUCGACCUUCAUUUCGUGGUCCAUUCGGCAUCACAAUAGAUUCAUCGAAAGAACAAGUAAUUAAAUUAUAUGGUAUUAGUGGUGCAGGCACAUUAGCUGUUAUUACUUUUGUCAUUAUCUUUCUUGAUUGUUGUAAUGAUGGAAAUAAGAAAAGUCGCGAACAAGAAGCUUUGUAUAAAAUUUUACAAGAAAAAGAAGCUAGAGAAAAAGCUUUUGCUCUACGACGAAGUCGUCGAAUAGCUGAAGGUAAAGAAAAAAAACCAAAACCAUUUAUUAUUCAACAUCAACAACCACGAAAUGUAACUAACAAUUCCCAUCCUCAUCCUUAUUAUCAUGUUAAUCCGCAUCAUAAUCAUCAUGUUCAACCAUUUCCACCAACAUCUUAUCAUCAUCCAUUUGUUUGUCCUGUUUGUCAUGAUUUACAUGCAUCUGGUAAUGCUCGACAUAAUAUAAGUGAUGUUGGUGUUGAUACAUCAGAUAAAUUUGAUCCUGUAGCCAAAAGUAAAAAAGUAAUUCAUAAAUCAACACGUGACGCACAAACUCAACCUAAACUUUGGGAUACUGAACGUGGAACACAAACAGAUCGAACAGAAGGUACACAAACAUCAACUAUGGAAUUAAGUGGAAUGCCUAGUAAUAUAACACAAAUUAUACAUGAAACAACGAUUUUAAAAGCACCAAGAAGUCUUAUAAGUACACUUAAAACGUCUAUGGCACAACAAGAUAAGGAUAUAGCUAUUAAUCGUGCUGUAACUGAUACAAAUACAAUGACACCAACUAUUAUUUGA